AUGAAACUUUAUCAUUUACUUUUUGUAAUUUGUUUUGUAUUGUUUAUGACUAUUAUGGUCAACGGUGAUCAACCAAAAGUUCCAUUUACAAAGUUUACAGUUGUUAAAAAGGAGAAUGGUCCACCUGCAAGAACAGUAAGCUUUGCAUUUGAUUUGGACAAGAAAUUGAUUCUCAUCACUAGUACCGAUGGUCAAAACCUCAAAAUGGCCAUGAACAACCAAAUAUACCAAGAGAUUGUAGACACUAUCCUCGGUAUCGAUCCAACCGUCGUCCAUGCUGGUGAUGUCUAUUGCAAGUCUGACCAUCCAACCGACUCUAUCGUUCUAACAGUCACUCCACCCAAAGGAAAACCACAACCAAAACCAAUCUCUUGGUAUCAUCCACUAUGUGAAAAGAAACCAAGUUUAAUUGAUACCAUUGAGAAAUAUAUCAAUCAAAUCUAA